AGAGACCUCUCUUCCUGGUCCCUGACUGUCACAGGCCACCUCUCACCCACUCAUAACAAACCCAUGCCCUCGCAGCUGUGGGUGGUUUUCCUCAAUGUUGCCAUCCUUAACCUCUGAAGUGACAGAGGCCGCAGAGCGGAACACUCAUCAAUACUGGGCUCAGCCUGAGUUACAGCCAUCUUCCAUCUGGCUCCGCCCACUACAUCAUAAAGAGACGGGUAGCUCCAACAUUCUGGACCACAGUCAGAGGGCCCUUUAGUCCUCAAACCCCUGGGGACAGCAGUAGAGUGUGGAUACCAGAGGUUGGAGGAACUGUGCGGAGUAGUGACUUGUAUUUGAGUUGCAUUAGAGAGAGAGAGAACGAGUCUGUAGCUAGGAGAGUUCUACUGAUCUCAGGGUAGGUCCUAGGAGAAGAGGAAUGAGUUCACAAGGGUUGGUCUCCCACUUUCCGAAAAGCAAGGGACUUCAAUAUACAGGGACUCAUGAAGGAUUAGUGGAACAAGCCAUUAGCCCUGCUACUAGGGUUUAUUUGGCAGCCCAGGAGAUUAAAUUCCUCAGGGCUAUCCCAGCCAGUAGAAGGAGUCUGGGUGAUGAGCAGCCUAGCCUGGAAGAGCUCCCUCACCUUUCUCUUGUCAAGAAGAAACCAGAACAUCUUCCCCAGCUUGCAAGCUCUGUUAACCAGGGCCAUUUCUCUGACCCUGAAGUUUGUCUGUACAUGGUUUCCAAAAGGGUCCUGCGGGGGAUCUCUGCCAAAGGCCAGGAACACAGGUGGACAUUUGCUGGGGACAAGGGUUUGCUGAAGAACAGUUGUGAAGCAGCCACAACAUGGGAGGCCCAGGGGAAAAGGAGAACAAUGGCAUUGCUUAACAAGGUCAGAAAGCGAACAGAAAAAGCCCCAAACCCAGUAGACACCAGGCAGUUCUUAGAGCACGAGGUGGCCAUGAACACCAAACACCCAAGCAAGAAACAGCAACAGAAGAGCCUGGAGGAUCUGAGGUGGGGCCAUCUGGAGGAGGAAGGGUAUGCAGGAGGACCCAGACAGCCACGAGGACUUGACGCAUCCCGCAGACACGUUGCACCUCUUGAAGAAAACACCUUUUUGCAGGGCAAGAAGAUCAAGCCCCAUUCCAAACAUCCAGUGCAGAUAGUGUGCCCCACAUCAGUUAGAGAGGAGGGGCCCGGAGAAGAGUUAAAUCCAGCGCCAUCAGGCCAGGCCAAGCUGGAAGUCCUGAAAACCUCCAAAGAGAGGGAAGCACAACCUCAGUUCCUGUGGGAAAAUUCUUUCCUGAAGGGACAAGCAAAGGUUUUGGACCAGGAUCUGCUGGCAGAAGCCAGACCCCAGCUCCUCCAUAGGAGGAAGAUGCAGACCUUGGAAGUGUUGGCCAAAUCUCAUGAUAAAGAAUUCUGUGUGGUCAACACCAUACAGCUGUCUUUUCAGGACAGCAAACUGGGCACUUCAGGAAGAAACACAGCGAGGCACAAGUGGCAGCCCUGGGAGGAAGGUUGGGACCUCACAAUCCAGGGGACCCCAGUCGCUCUUGCAGUUCGGGCACAUACUUACAUCCCUCAGGGGUCAAAAGACCAGUGUGUUCCAAAGACGAGGCUGAGCUUGUCAGUAGGUAAAUCGAGUAUUAUCUAUUCAUAACUGUCGCGUAUCCUGUGAGGUUGGCUUAUGUGUGGGUAGAUGUGGAUGCUCAUCGUAAGCAGGGCAGCUCAGAUGGAAAGGGAUGCUGGGAGUCGGGAGCCAAGGAGUACCACAGAGUCACUGUAAGUGCAGCGGCUCGUGCAGCUCUGCUCCAGGGAAAGGUUUCCCCGAUGCAAGUGUUACAGCUCUGCUCAGGUCCCCCCCCCCCGGAGUGUAACAACUCUGGUUCCCUAGGGGAAAGUUUCCCCAGAGAGACUGUUACAGUUCUGCUCCUCUCUGCUCUGGCUCUGGUACAAGUUGAAAGAGCUGGGGUCCACUCCAGUGCAAGUGUCACGAAGAAGGACAACAAACCUCACUCAAGAGAUUUAUUGGGAAGGAAAAAUCCAGGAGGGUAGCUACCUCUAAAGUGAGAAACAGCAGCAAAUUGAACAGGAUACAGAGCUUAUACAGGAUUUCUUGUGGGUGGUGGUGGAGCUUCCCAGGGUGGCUUGGGAUAGGUGGAAUUUUUGUAGUCUGACUCUGGGGCAAGCUCAGGGAUUGGGAUUUCAAGCCAUGGUCCUGGGGUCAAGUCAAGGUCAGAGUGUUUUUCCUUGGACCAGGUCUUGGGUCUAGUCAGGGGCAGGAUGUUUUUUCCUUGGCCCUUUUCAUCCCACAUUCCUCCCAUUUUCUGUUUAUUAAUAAAUGGUGGGGGGUUGGAAAGGGUGGUGACAUUAUCAUUAGACUACUUCCUGUUGAUUGGGGGCAUCGAGGUCCUUGGGGGCAAUCA